CCACCAGAGUCCCGGGUUCUAGAGACUCCACCAGAGUCCCGGGUUCACUCCUACUAUCACAAACAAGACCAACUAGGAGAGCAGCACCAGAGGUUCAGAGGAAGAACAUCUCUGUUUAAGGACCAGAUCUCCAGAGGAAACGCUUCCCUGCUGCUGAGAGAAGUGAAGGUUCAGGACCAGGGCAGAUAUCUGUGUAACGUCAGCACCAUCACUGGAAAUAAGGAGAACUUCAUCCACCUGAAUGUGAACGACCGGACCGGAGUUAUUGUAGGAGUGGUGGUGGGUUUGCUGCUGCUGCUGGUCUUGGUUUCUGGAGUCGUUGGUUACAAAUACAGGGAAAUGAGGAGGAGGAAUAAAAGAGAUAAAGAGAAGGUUCUGGUUGACUUGGGCAUGGAGGAGCAGGACUCAACAGAAGGGGUUAAACAGAGACUGAUCUCAGCUAUGAAGAACCGCGGAGAAGUUCGGUUUGUUGAUUGUAAACUCUCAAAGACUCACUAUAAAGUCAUUGCGUCCGCUCUGAAGUCUAAAACCUCCUGUCUGACAGAACUGGACCUGAGUCAGAGCCGCCUGCAGGAUUCAGGAGUGAAGAUUCUGUCUGGUGGACUGAAGAGUCCAAACUGUAGACUGGAGACUCUCAGAUUAGGGAGCUGCAGGUUGUCAGAGAUCAGCUGUUCUUCUCUGGUCUCAGCUCUGAAGUCCAACCCCUCCCAUCUGAAACAUCUGGACCUGGGCUGGAACUACCUGGAGGAUUCAGGAGUGAAAAUUCUGAGUGGAUUUCUGGAGAGUCCAGACUGCAGAUUGGAGACUCUGAGACUGGAGGGCUGUUGUUUGUCAGAGAUCAGCUGUUCUUCUCUGGUCUCAGCUCUGAAGUUCAACCCCUCCCAUCUGAAACAUCUGGACCUGAGUGGGAACAGGAACCUGCAGGAUUCAGGAGUGAAACAUCUGUGUGGAUUUCUGGAGAGUCCAGACUGCAGACUGGAGACUCUGAGUUUGCAGAGCUGCGGUCUGUCAGAGAUCAGCUGUUCUUCUCUGGUCUCAGCUCUGAAGACCAACCCCUCCCAUCUGACACAUCUGGACCUGAGAUUCAACUACAAGCUACAAUAUUCAGAUGUGAAGCAGCUGUCUGAUCUGGUGGAGAAUCCAGACUACAAGCUGCAGACUCUCAGGUCAGAGCGCUACACUUUGUCAGAGAUCAGCUGUUCUUCUCUGGUCUCAGCUCUGGAGUCCGACCCCUCCCAUCUGAAACUUCUGGACCUGAGUGAUAACAAGCUGCUGGAUUCAGAUGUGAAGCAGCUGUGUGGUUUUCUGGAGAGUCCAGACUGCAGACUGGAGACUCUGAGAUUGAGGAGGUGCAGUUUGUCAAAGAUCAGCUGUUCUUCUCUGGUCUCAGCUCUGAAGUCCAACCCCUCCCAUCUGAAACAUCUGGACCUGAGUUACAACAAGAACCUGCAGGAUUCAGGAGUGAAACAUCUGAGUGGAUUUCUGGAGAGUCCAGACUGCAGACUGGAGACUCUGGGGUUGGUGAGCUGCAGUCUGUCAGAGAUCAGCUGUUCUUCUCUGGUCUCAGCUCUGAAGUCCAACCCCUCCCAUCUGAAACAUCUGGACCUGAGUUACAACUACGACCUGCAGGAUUCAGGAGUGAAACGUCUGAGUGGAUUUCUGGAGAGUCCAGACUGCAGACUGGAGACUCUGAGGUUGCAGUGCUGCAUUUUUUCAGAGACCAGCCGUUCUUCUCUGGGCUCAGCUCUGAAGUCCAACCCCUCCCAUCUGAAACUUCUGGACCUGAGUAUGAACAUCCUGCAGGAUUCAGGAGUGAAACAUCUGAGUGGAUUUCUGGAGAGUCCAGACUGCAGACUGGAGACUCUGGAAUUGAAGGACUGCAGUUUGUCAGAGACCAGCUGUUCUUCUCUGGUCUCAGCUCUGAAGUCCAACCCCUCCCAUCUGAAACUUCUGGACCUGAGCAGGAACAACCUGGAUGAUUCAGGAGUGGAACAUCUGUGUGGAUUUCUGGAAGGUCCAGGCUGCAGACUGGAGGAUCUGGGAUUGGUGCACUGCAGUUUGUCAGAGAUCAGCUGUUCUUCUCUGGUCUCAGCUCUGAAGUUAAACCCCUCCCAUCUGAAACAUCUGGACCUGAGCAUGAACAACCUGCAGGAUUCAGGAGUGAAACAUCUGUGUGGAUUUCUGGAGAGUCCAGACUGCAGACUGGAGACUCUGAGAUUGCACUUCUGCAGUUUGUCAGAGAUCAGCUGUUCUUCUCUGGUCUCAGCUCUGAAGUCCAAUCCCUCCCAUCUGAAACAUCUGGACCUGAGUGGGAACAGGAACCUGCAGGAUUCAGGAGUGAAACAUCUGAGUGGAUUUCUGGAGAGUCCAGACUGCAGACUGGAGACUCUGAGAUUGCACUUCUGCAGUUUGUCAGAGAUCAGCUGUUCUUCUCUGGUCUCAGCUCUGAAGUCCAAUCCCUCCCAUCUGAAACAUCUGGACCUGAGUGGGAACAGGAACCUGCAGGAUUCAGGAGUGAAACAUCUGAGUGGAUUUCUGGAGAGUCCAGACUGCAGACUGGAGACUCUGAGUCUCAGUACCAGGAGCAGCACCGACCAUCACAAGGCACUUUUCAUUCUCUUGUUCAGCAUCAAACCAGCAUCAAACCAGCAUCAAAUCAGCAUCAAACCAGCAUCAAACCAGCAGCAGCAGGGACUUCAGACCACGACCACAUCUGACCCUGGAGGGAAGUCCAGACUUCUGGAUACCGGCGAUGAACAGUGAUCCAACACUAGAUGCUGUGUUGUCAUGGAGACCAGCGAGGUAGAUGAUGGUCCGACUGAAGGCUUCAUCACAGCCGUGGAGCAGCGUUCUCCAUCUCACUAGUUUGUAGUUUCCAUCUAUGCAUCAAAAGCCAAUGGAAAUAACAGGAAGUUGGCAGUUUAAAGAGGCAUUUAAGAAAAUGUGCAUUUUUCUUUUAAAUGAUGAUGUCAGUGUUUGUAAUACAAAUUAUAUUUACCUUUACCGUUUUAUUCAAAUGAAGCAUGUAUGGCAUGGUGCUGCCCUCAGAUAACAAACCAUAUAUCUGGACCUCACGCCACUCUGUUAACGUUUUGGAGGGAAUUUAAAUGUUUAAAUAUCACUAGACAUGUCUAUGUCCAAUACAAAGAGGGGUUAAAGUUCAUGUGCAUUUUUAAUUCAUGUCUCUUCAUUUUAGUGGACAUUGUCAGUUUAAGUGUUUUUUUCACUUCACUUUAAUUCAACCUACUUUUUACAUUGCAGCAAUUAAUUUUUUCACUUUGUUUAACAUGACCCUUUUCUUAUUUUUAAUACCUUUGUCUCUUUAUUGUGUGAGUGCUGCUGAGUCCCCAAACUUCCUCCAGUAUCAAAAAAGUACCUGCCUGUCUCGGGUUCGAGUCACGGACCAAAUCCAUUUUAUUUGGGUUGGAGUUUCUGAGGUUAGAAAUCCUGUAAAUGCUGAUAUUUAAUGUGUGAGCAUUUCUGUCCAAAGAACUCAGAACUGAAUGUAUGUUUGCAACCUGUAACGGUAAAGAGAAAGUGAUGUUUAAAUGAUCUGAGACAUUUAUAAAGUCUGAAAGAAAGUAAGUUAAGGACUGUCUAAGUGCUUGUUGAAAAAUAAAAAAGUGAGUUUAAAAAUACAAAAUAAUCUGCAAUGGAGUGUUGAAUGUUUUAAAUAACUUGGAGAAAAAAGGAGUACAUAUUAAAAGUAGUCUUUCUCCAUGUAGAGGGUCAGAAAAUAAGUUGGACGAAUAAUUAAAAGUUAAAAUAAAUGUUUCCCUCUAGUGGAUACAUAAAUUACUACUUUAAUAUUUGUCUUGUGCAGAUAUAAAAUCGCUGUGUUUAAAAAUCAAAUCUCUGGAAAUUGUUGUGGUUUUUUAUUAAUUCCAAAGUGGGGAUAUGUUCUUGGUACAGCACGAAAGUAACAAUAUACACCAAAGUGAAUUUAAGAAUAUAUGAAAAAUAUAAACAAGUAUAAAGGAACAACAUACAGGCAAGCAGCGUUGAUCAGGCCCUCACACUCAUGAAAAAGCAAAUAAACAUCUUAUCGAUUGUUUUGACUGUGUGUAACAGGUUAUUUUCUUCCCCCUUUAAUGCAUGUUCAAACACAGGUACAGGAGUACUUAGAGAAUUGAUUGAAGUGUGUGGUGAAGUAAAAAAUGUGCAUGAUACAUUAAUGGGUCUACUGCCAUGUGUUGAAAGAGAAAAACACGAAACAUGGUUUAAAGCAAAAAUGUUGCCUAAUGAUGAAUGUAUUGCAGAUGCAAAAAUUUGGAUUUCAUGUGAUGAAGGAAAUUAAAAUGGUUAUUU